AUGCUUGUUCGUCUAACAAAUAGGAAUAUUGACUAUUCUGUUUCUCCAAGCGCGUCUUCCCAAAUCAAUGUAAUCGAUUGUCACUUCCUAUCCUUUCUUUAUGUACUUACAAUGUCUGUCUAUCGUUACUUAUCAUCAACAGUUCGAUCAUCGAAUUCAAUUCCAAACACGGCCUGUCUCUCCAGUAUAGUUAAGCAAUUAGCGAAAUUUUCAUCUCACGAUGAACUAAUCGAAUACUCUCAACGACCUAUUCCAUACUGUUACCCGAAUCGUAUGAUCGAUGCUUGUUCACCUGAACAGUCAACACCGAUUGAUAUGAUUCAAACCGCACGAGAUCUUCAUGAUCAAUUAUUAGUUCGUCUCGCACAUUGUUUGUCCCAUUUUCAAGCGAUUCCAUUCCUUCCUGGCGUUAAUCCAACAUUAUUAGCUUUGCAUGAACGCUAUCUGAAACUUUUUGAAAGUCUCGCACAAUUUCGUCAAAUUAAAACAUCGAAAGACGAAGAAAAAUUCCAAGAAUUAAUCGGCCGAUUUAUUGUACAAAACAACGAUGUGAUCGGAUUAUUAUCAACAGGCUGUAGUGAAGCACAGAAAUAUUUCAAAAAUUAUGAAACCAUGAAGGAAUUUCUUGAUAAUGUUCUUCAUAUACGCUUGGCCAUGCGUUUACUUGCUGAACAUUAUAUGGAAUUACAUAAACAACAAACACAGCCCGAAUGGCGUGGAUCUAUCUGUAUGAAUUUCUCACCUGCGAAAGCAGUUCAACAAUGUAUCAAGGAUGUUUCUUCAUUAUGUUUUGAAACCUAUACAGUUGUGCCGCAUAUUCAAGUAGAAAAUUCUAUGCAGGAAUCCAUUCCCUAUUUCCCCAGUAUUGUGGAAUAUAUCCUACGUGAAUUGUUGAAAAAUUCGAUGCGUGCAAUUGUCGAGCACACGAAAUGUUCAUUGGGUAACAUUCAACAUGUCAAGCAAUACUUUGAAAAACAUCGUGAUACACCACUGUGUACAAUCGAGAUCGCAUCGAAUCCUGUUGAUGAAAAUUUUAUCAUCGCAGUUAAAGAUCAAGGAGGUGGAAUUGACGCAAGUGAUGAUCAACUAUUCACAUAUAUGUUUAGUGGUGAUGUUCCCAACGAAGAGAAAGAGGAAAAACAUAUCGAUAUCUUAGCCGAUUUUCAAGAACGUAUGACUCAAUCAUCGAAACAAAUGUAUGGCUAUGGAUUCGGUCUUCCUGUUUGCCGCCUCUAUUCGAAGUUUUUCGGCGGAUCGUUAACUCUUCGACAAGUAUCACGUAUCGGUAUUGAUACUUACCUUCGUCUCGGUUUCAUUCAUACCAAUUCUGAACGUAUCAAGAUUUAA